AUGUUGCCGCCAGGUAUGUCCGCGGCCACCAACGCCAACGUCGAGCGCUCCACGCCGAUGCUGCCGACGGAAGUCUGGCGCCCGCUGCGGGCUGUCGAGUGCGGGCCCUACUUCCAGGUGCCGCAGGCGCCGUCCAUUGCCACGGAGUAUAACGGCAUGGCCCUCCCAGACGCCUGCUUCACCGUCUCCCAGCAGCCCGCCACUGCGGACGGCCAGCGGCACGUGUACCUCAUCGGCGACUGGGGCGGCUUGCCUGGCCCCUUCGGCUGGAACGCGACGAUGAGGGCCCCAGCCCCCGCGGACCACAGGUCUCCUGAGUUCCCCAGCCACCAGCGGGACUUCGUGUGGGGCGCUGAUGAUUGUGCCCAACGCAACGUUGCCGAUCAGAUGGCGAAGCGGGCAGUCAUCAGCCCUCCAGAUUACAUCCUCAACGUGGGAGACAACUUUUAUCUUGGAGACGGAUUGGGGUGGCAUCAACAUCAAGUGCGGCGCUGGUGUGGACACUGUUUCUGA